GCGCCGAACAAUGACAACGACUUCACAGCUUGACAAGCCAACACUCACACACGCACACACGCAACACUUCGGCCCACGCACCGUCUCGACAAGCGCACCCAUCUACAGCCCGAACCCAACCAUUGUCCCAAUCCGCACCUCGACGGGCGCAACACGACGACGAAGCCCCAGCGACCGGAAGCUGCACGCCUUGACCCUAGCCCAGGGUUUGCUUUCGACGGCUAGCCCUAGCAGAAGUCGAAAAUUUCGCCUGUCAACCUUCUGACGUAGCGUUCUGCUGGUGAUCGACUUGGGAAGAACACUCGAGAUGUGCUCAUAGACGCAACAGAAACGCUGCGGCUUCCGACCAUAGCAGCACGAGCGUGACAUUCAUAAUGGGCAACAUGCCAUUCUUUGCCGCAAUCAACGUCGAGCCGGAGGAGGACGUGACCGACGAGGUCGACAACACUCGGGAACUCCAUAUCGAUGAAGCCUUGAAACGCUUCCAGACAGCCCUUAAAUUCCACGCACAGGGGCGUCGCAAGAGGUCUGCUGCGACAAAAGCAUACGAAAAGCUCUUCGAAUCGGCCAUCUUCCACCUGCCCGAGAGCACAACCGAGUUCAACCGUGCCGAGACACAAUCCGAUUUCCGCGCGAAGCUGCCUCUCGAUUCUGCAUUUGCCCACUCUCUCCAGGAUGGCCAGGCAGACCUCGACGACAGUGCAAGCAGCUUCCCGCAAACGCUCUACUUGUCCUACAAAAACCAUGCCCAGUUCCUGUUGGACGGCAUACGUCAACAGCUCAAAUCCAGACCAGCCGAUCACCCAGGAUUGGCACGCGACAAAAAGGCUCUCGCCCAAGCACAGAAAGCCCUCCUCGAGUUCAGCAAUGCACUCGACUUCGACCCGUCCGAUGCCGAGCUCUGGCGGCGGGCCGCUCGCGUGGGCGCAUUUUUAAGUAGCAAGAGGAUCAACCGUUUCUGCCUGGAGGCUGCAAUCGAGCUAGAUGACGACCCAGCCGUGGAUAAUGUCGAACCGCCAUCGAUCGCCGAGGGCUUUGCCGGUGAGCAGCUCAGGGUUCAGCUGCAAGUCCUUGGUGACUCCGUGUCAUUGUCACACCCAAUUAUGCAACCGUUCAUAUCGCAGUCCAUUUCGCCACUCUUGGAAAAGCAUCUGGACCCGAGUCCUCACCUACCAAAUCCCACUCUGAAACUCAAAACUCCGUCGGCACGAGCGCCAUUGGCGCUAGCAGGACCGAAACGUCAAAGCCUGGUUGUCACAACACCGUCGUGGGCCGACUUAGGAAUGUCAAUCGUGAAGGCGGUGGUUUCUACUGGGAUCGCCGCCCGAGGUGUGACUAUCGAUAUGCCAGAAAUCCCAGACGUAUCACAAGUCACGCAGGAACUGGCAGAGCGACCAAGGCAACCCGGAGGAGAGGACAAGACCGUCUCGAUCGAGGAAGUACCUGCGAAGCAGGAUGCGCCAGAAAGCUCGCGCGAAGGCAGAACCAACGGCAGUAGCGCGACCGACAGAACCAGGGCGGAGCGAAGUGCGUCCGCCUUGUCGAGGAAACGCUCUCAGUCUGUGGCGGGGUUAACGGAAGCUGCUGAUGCGGAGAUCCUCGACCAGAAGAGGAGCAAGCGCCUGCGGCGGCGUGAGACAGAAACUGAAGAAGUUGUCAAUGCAGGCGUACAGCUCGCCGCUCAGAUGCAGCCAUUCCAGAAUGCCGAUGAGGUUUUGUUCACAAAGACGCGAAGUAUACUUGACACGCUGGCGGUCUUGGACGACCAGACUUCAGAUCGACUGCAAGAUGUGCUGGACACUUGCGCAUCGGAAACAAGGACCUCAAAGCUCGAAAAUCGUGCGAUGACGGACCUCAGGGAUACUCUCAUCAAGUUUGACGAGGAGAGCACGAAGUUGCUGCUCGCAAAAAAGGAAGCAGUAGCGCUGGGUUUCAACUCGUUUCUCGACGAUGCCAAGCCUGGUUCGCAGGGCAAGGCAGAGAAGCCCCCAUUUGAUGGCGCCAACGAUCUUAAAGACUUUGUGGACAGAGUCAACGGGGGUUGGCUGGGUCUUCAAGAUGUGGCUUUCGACUUUAUCAACCACCUUUCGCAGUCAUACGUCAAGUCGAAGUGGCCAGACUCGCUGAAGACUGCGGUUGUCCAAGUGAUCAGCCAUGUGGACGCUGACAUUUUUCGGCGCACGCACUUGGAGCUUGAGCACGCUCCCGAUCUUGUGAGCUCCGCUCGCAUGGACGCCCUGAUUCAAAUGCUCUUCGAAUUGCACCUGGAUGUGUAUGAACGAAUCACCAACCCUAACAGUGCUGUCGAUUCUGCCACAAGAGCCGAGACUCGGGCUAGACUCGGCCGAUGGUUCGCUUUUGCUGCACAGAGGAGUCGCGCUGGCGCGGUAGGCACAGAUGGGCUGCUGCCCAUGCGUUUCUUGUGGUCCGCUGUCCUUGCUGUGACGUUGACCGAGGGGGUUUCGCGUGAGCACAUCCUUGAAUGCUGGAAGAGCCUGCGUGGCUCGCUUGCCGAGGCAGCCAGCAACAUGGAUCUCGAACUUCCAAACAAUGCUAUCAUGCCAGAUGUCUCUGUGUAUGCGGCUGAUAGGGAGAUAUCGAAGCUUACCACAAUGGACUUCUUCCUGAGCCUGUUUCAGGAUGACCUCAAGGAUCCUGUCUCGGUCAUCGAGAGUCUUGAGCCUGUGCUCAAUCCCUCAGGUGUCUGCGUGCCAGCUGAGGGGAACACCCCAUCGCCGCCUCACGAAGUGGCGGCUGAUGAGCCGAUCGCCAGCAGCCCAGUCUCCGACAGCUCCGAGACUGUCGGGUUGCCAAUCACUGAGACGGCGACUCAAGGACUUCGUGAUCUGUGGAAGUUCCUACUCGGAACCAGCACGGAACUGCGCUUAUUCCUGUGGAACCGCCUUGGUGAUGCUUACAAAGCCAUCGACUACGGCACGAAGCGGUUCUCCUGCCAGCUCAAAGCUAUCGAGAUGAUUUUGAACGACUUUGAUCGAGAGAUGUACGCUGGUUUGACCUUCGAGUCACGCCGGGCACUGUUCAUGAAGAUGUUCAGGUUCCUGGACGAGCUGCUCAUUGGUGCUCUGACUCUAGCCUUGAACGACUCGAGUGCAUUCGACAUCAUCGACGACCAACACCUGAAGUCGAGUCUUGGGGCACUGAUCAGACUGGCUUGCACCCUGCAUGUCACUUCCAUGUAUGAAGACGAAGUUCGAGCGGGACUUGCGCAGCACGCUUCGUCUGGCGCUACAUUCCAGUCGUAUUUGAACAAGCUUCGGGAGAUGCAGGUUCGCAACUGGUCGCUCAUCUACGCGAUGCUCAAAGCCGGUAUCACCCAGCACAAAGACAGAUUCGACCACCCAGAGACCGACCUGGCUGACUACUUGGCAAUGGUCCAUCGGGUGAUUGGGCUGAGAAAGUUCUGCAAAGCCAGCAACAAGAUUUUCCUCAAAAUGAUGCGGGUCGAACUCCUCAAGCAGCACCUCGUCGAGAACUGGGAGGAUUAUCUCAGUCAGGUUCUGUACGACCUUUACGGGCUCAAGCUUGGUCUCGAGGGCCACGAGAUUGAAGACCACAACUGUCCACCUGAGAAGCUCGAGCGCCGCAACACCAUGUCUCUGGUUGAGAGGGUGUGUACACUUGCUAAUGCGAUGCCCAUGAAGGACCUUCUGAAAUCAGAUCUGAAGGGCACAGUAGAGCACAUGCAGCAAGCCAUUGGACAAACCAAAUCUAACCAGCAGCUGAUUCACAACCUGCGUAACUUCACAUCGCUUCUGCAGCAACCAGUACAACCUCUCCGCCUUUACCAGGCCAUGAGGGGCAAUAUCACUAUUGACGCGGUGAGCGUCCACAACCAAGACAGCAUCUUGGCUAAGCUGAAGUGGUUCUUCCUGCUUGGCAUGAUUGCAUUCAGCAAGUUCAAGAAUGUCGACCUGAACAGGAGACAGACGCCCGGUGCAACCGAUGAUUUGCGGAUGGGUGCGACGUUCCUUCGUCAACAACUCCAAUAUACGCCAGAUCAGUGGGAUGCGUGGUUCCGCUUGGCCGAGUGUUUUGACUACGAACUGGAUGAGUUUGUGCUCUGGACAGCGGACAAGAUGAACAAGGAACGGGCCGAUCUCGUCAAGUUCCAGCGAAACGCUAUUCAUUGCUACACGCUGGCUUUGUCAUACUCUCGCGGACUCCUGCCUGAACUGGUUGAAGACCGCCGGGAAGACCUGCACGAGUUGUACCACAAGUUUGGCAUGCGAAUGUACGCUUCGAGUCGGGAGCCGUUCGCGAUGGAGCCAUUCCACGAUGAGAAUAAGAGAUUCGUGAUCAACGAGACUGGUGCGGAUGCCAAGGUCCUCACUUCACAACUCCAGGAUUACAAGGUGUACAAGUAUGCCGGCCGGUUGUUUAAGAAGGCCAUGGCCAUGGAUCCGAAACAGUGGAAGAACCCAUACAUGCUAUCCAAGUGCAUCUGGAAGAUGUAUCAGAAGUCCUACAUUACCCUGGAUCACCAUGACAGGCAAUCGCGACCAUCUGUAGAAGCGGUCAUUAGUUCUCUGGAGAAGGCGGUGGAAGUGGUCAACGCACUGCCAAAGCCUCGGCAUGGCCAGGAUCCAAUUCUCGAGCCGCAUUACAAGAUCGUCGCGGUCAUAUACAAGCUUGUCAAGCGUGGCGAGCUGGAGAUGCAAAAGGCAGCGGACAUCCUGCAGCGUCAACCUUAUGCUGUGCAGAAGGGCGACAAAGUCGAAGUGAGCAACUCAGAGGACUGGGAGUCAUUCAUCAUCAAGACACUCGUGCACCUGCGUGAAAAGGACCGCUCAAACUGGCAACAUCGCAUCACCAUGCGGCAUGCGACGGUCCUGUUCGACCAAGACGCCGAGCAGCCCAGCUUCGUGCAGGCCACGGCUGCGUUUGGAGUCCUCCGCGAGUCCAUGUUCACCAAGACCAUGGUGAUGAACGUUUGGAAGUGUGAUGCGGAGCGGCCAGGACGACACCACGUCUACACGGAGAGGUACAUCCGGUUUGUCGUGAAGUUGUUGGUGGCAAUGAAGGAUAGGGCAAACUUUGAAGCACUCCUUCGACGCCUGCGCAAGAAGGGAGCAGACUUCUACCACUUUGGCGAACUAUGGGUGACAUGCUGCAUGUCUUACCUGCAGCUUCUCCGGCAAACAUACCAAGUCGAUCCAGUGGUCGACGAUGAGUUCAAGCUCGUCAGCCAGGAGGAGUUCGACAUCAUCACGGCGAGGAUCACCGAGUGGUCAACAGAUUCCGCUGCCGACCACGCCAUAUUCGGCUGUCUUCAGGAGGCCAUCGAGCUCAAGAAGCUCAACGGCGGCCUGAUGAAGGCCGCGCCGAUAGACGACCUCAUCAACGACUGCUACAGUGCCCUCUACUUCGAGAUUGGCAAGACUUUGCCAGGGCCUCCGGUUGCCGAAAUGCUUGCAGAGCGGGAGGCGACACGCGCCGAAGAGGAGAAGGAGCGGCAGAACAAAGACCAGGAGGCCAAAGCCUCGCAUCCGUUCAGCGCGAUCCUCAACCCGCAGAUACAAGAAGACUCUGGGGCUGAGGGCACGUCGACCCCGUCCGGACAAGCUCCCGAAGGUGGCCAGAAGCCACGUAAAAUGGGCAUCAGGCGGGCCGAUGUCCUUCGUAAGGCAGAGCAGGCGGUUCUCCGCGCUCAGGAAGGACCCAAACCUGCAUCUGGACGAACACGCCGCUCAGUAUCGAGUGGCAAGACGCCACCUGAAGGUGCUGCCGACGAUGCAGAUGGUACUGGUGAUGCUGGUGAUGAUGUAGAUAUGAAGGAGAGUGGAGAUGUGGACGAUGACGAGCGCCUGAGCUCGGCGCCUGGUAGCGUGCAUGACUCGGCGGACGAUGAGAGCGACCUCAGUGACGUUGCUGUCGAGGACAUGCUCGACGAGGAGGAGGGCCACCGUCUCAUGUAUCCCAACCUGCAGCGGCCGAGUCUGGACGACGACAUGCACGACAGUAGCGAUGAAGAAGACGCCACAGCCGUAGAGGGCGAGACGUUUGCGGAGGAGGGAGUCGACGAAGAGGAUAACGCAGAUGGAGAUGCCACUGAGAUGAUGGAGGACCACGACGGUGAUGAGGAAGAAGAUGAGGAGGAAGAAGACGAGGAAGAGGACGCAGGGGACGACCGGACUGACGCCAUGGACAUUGACGAUGUGUCUCACCUGCGAGUUGAGGAGAGCACGUUUCUUGAUGCUCGUGGUCACGAUGAGGAAGAUGACGAAGAAGAGGAUGAAGGUGAAGAGGAAGAGGGCGAGGACGGCGGAGAGGCUGUCGACGUCGAACAGGACGAAGGGGACGAAGAGGAAGAGGGAGAUGACGAAGAAGAGGACGGUCCAGAGGUGGAGGUUGGCGAGGAAGAUGAGGAGGGUGCCGAAGUUGAGGAUGAUGAGGGGGAGACGGUCGGUGAGGAGGAUGAGGAUGAAGAUGACGAAGACGAAGAAGAUGAAGAGGAGGAGGAGGAGGAAGAUGGCGAAGGUGCCGAGGUGGAAGAAGGGGAAGAGGGUGAGGAAGAGGAGGGCGAGGAAGGGGAGGAAGGGGAAGAAGGUGAUGAAGAUGAAGACGAGGAAGACGAAGAGGGUGAAGGCGAGGAAGCAGAAGAGGGCGACGAGGAAGAAGAUGAGGAUGAGGACGAGGACAGAGAGACGUAUCAUACCCCCGAGGAUCGCUGAGUACUGUGUACGGAUAGACUAGUUUCUGCAGGCGUCUGGCGCUUUUCUCUACGCUGCAUUAUCCAGCAUGAAUGGAAACUUUUGUUGCACAUCAA